AUGGGUGACUACGCGAAAGCACUUGAAUUUUACGAAAGGGCACUUAAAACACGAGAAAUAGCUCUUUCUCCGACUCAUCCCGAUUUGGCUACUUCCUACAACAAUAUCGCUCUGGUGUAUUUCAAAAUGGGGAACUAUGCGAAAGCACUUGAAUUUCACGAAAAGGCACUUAAAAUACGAGAACAAGCUCUUCCUCUGACUCAUCCCGAUUUGGCUAACUCCUACAACAACAUCGCUUCAGUGUAUGAGUGCAGGGGUAAUUAUGCGAAAGCACUUGAAUUUCACGAAAAAGCACUUCAAAUCAAUGAAAAAUCUCUGCCGUCGAAUCAUCCCCAUCUUGCAACUUCCUACAACAAUAUCGGAGGAGUGCAUGACAAGAUGGGUAACUAUGAGAAAGCACUUGAAUUUUACGAAAAAUCACUUAAAAUUCAAGAGAUAGCCCUUCCUGCGAAUCAUCCAAAUUUGGCUGCUUCUCGCGGCAACAUCGCUGUAGUGUAUUAUAAUGUGGGUGACUAUGCGAAAGCAGCUGAACUCUUCGAAAAAACAUUGAAAGUACAAGAAAAAGCUCUUCCCUCGAAUCAUCCCGAUUUAGCUGCUUCUUAUAGCAACAUGGCUUCAGUGUAUGUGAAGAUGAGGAACUAUGAAAAAGCAUUGGAAUUUCACAAAAAAGCACUUCAAAUACGAGAAACAGCUUUUCCUCCGACUCAUCCUACGUUGGCUGCUUCUUACAGCAACAUCGCUUCACUGUAUAAGGACAUGGCUAACUAUGUGAAAGCUUUUGAAUUUCACGAAAAGGCACUUAAAAUACGAGAACAAGCUCUUCCUCCGACUCAUCCCGAUUUGGCAACUUCCUACAACAACAUCGGAUCGACCUACUACGCCAAGGGUGAUUAUUCGCAAGCAGUUGUAUUUCUAGAAAAAGCACUUGCUAUCUUGCAAAAUUCGCUUCCUCCGACGCAUCCCAACAUUAAAGCUGUCAAGCAGACCAUAGACAUAGUAAAAAAGAAAAUAUAAUUUUGUUUCUGCUCGUUUUUAUUUACUCCACUGUGAAUUCACCUGCUGAAAUCAACCCGCUUGUCGAUUCCUCACCUCGCUUCUAGGCUUACAUGCAUAUAUAUUUAUUCGCGCGCGCACGACUCAGGAGAUCCCCCUAAGCCUACUACAGUAUACGCAGGGGCAUAGCCAAACUAGUCGGACAAUGAACAUCAGAUAUUUUACAGCAGCAAAAUCCAUUUUCUUUUUAAAUACUUAUUUCAAUGUCGACGUUUCGAAGAAUGAGAGUGUGUGAGUUCAGUUUGCCAAUAUCGGUUUCGUCUUUGCUGAAGGGCGUCAUCAGUUGGCUUAACCUUCUAUAGUUGUUCAAAUUGAGUCAAUUCAAGAAAAGAAAAUCAGAAUCGGAUCUAUCAGUAAUGAUUGCUUUAAUAUAAAACAACACUAGUAAAAUACGUAUGUCCAGAAUAGAUAAAAGCUAAUCCGUUGAAUUGAAAUUCGCUUACUUGAUAUUUGUUGUUUAGGAGGCAUUGCACCUAAGCCACGACCACAUUCUAUUGAACCUUGCUCAAUCGAUUCAACCAUUUUUUUUUCUUUUUUACAGUAAAUAGCUCUUGCCAAGUUAGUAAUAAUCUGAAAGUUUCAACUCAAACAGAUUAACCAUUCUCGAGAUAUACCACUCAAAAGUAUUGCUACUUUUUAAAAAAUGUAUCAAUUUUUUAGUGCAUCACUUUCUAGUAUAGCUUGAUUUUCUCAAGAACUAUAAGAGUUAUUCCUGAGAUUUUUUCACCAUAUAUACUAUUGAGGAUGGGCUAUCUAAUGAUAGAAAUAAAAGUAUUUUAUCUUCAGAUAAAGUUUGAGCAAUGUCCUAUAUCAUGAUAAGAAGCCGUCCUAAUGUAUGUAGGAGCACUUACGAGGGAACAUUCCCUACUGUCACAUCGCUUUUGAGUCGAGAGUAUAGGCGUCAUGUAAGCCCUAAUGAUCUAUGAACCUUUGGAAAAAAAAAUUCGUGCUGUUAGCUUCUUACUGGUGAGAUAUAACAUUUUUACUGUAUGUUUCGAAAAAAGCUGUGGUCCCCUCGGAAACAUUAGGAAGGGUGUGGGUGUGGGUGGGUGUGAGUGUGGGGUGUGGGUAUGGAUGUGGGUGUGGGUGGGUGUGGGUGUGGGGUGUGGGUGUGGUUGUGGUGUGGAUGUGGGUGUGAGUGUGGGGUGGCGGGUGUGGGUGUAGGAGUGGGUGUGGAUGUGUGGAUAUGAGGUGGAAAACACCCACACCCACACACCCACACCCACGCCCACGCCCACACCCACACCCACACCCACACCCACACCCACACCCACCCACACCCACACCCCACACCCACAACCCACACCCUACACCCACACCCUAAAAUUCAUAUUCUUGUAGAGCUUGUCGAACUCUAUCGAACUAUAUAAAAAUAUCUAGAAAACAAUAUGUCGCUUAGGAUGUUACAAGCAAUUUUUUGUUUUUGAAAAAAAUGUCACUUAAAAAUUUUCACUCAAGAUUAGUAAAAUGAUCAUAACAUUGUUAUGGAUUUAUGCAUUUCGAACUAUCUUUUUUUCAGAAUAUAGCUCUAAUCUUUCUCUAC